AUGACGAACGCCCACCACCCGGCAAACGUCAUCCACUCGCCGGCAGUCGCUCUACAGACGGAAGGCAGCGUCUCUCGGGACAUGACGAGCGAAGACACGAGGAUGCAGACAGAAGAGGCGUAUAGUGAUGCCGAGCUGCAGAUUGUGCGCGUAAAGCUGGACAUUAUCCGCGGCAGGAUGGGCACGGCCAUUGAGCUUAUUCCAGCUGAACGUGAGUAUGACACGCCACCCGACGCAUCGGACAGCCCUGUGCAGCAAACUGUGCUGGAGAAUACAUUGGGUGAGGCGUCGUUGGUCUCUCCAGCGACAGAGAUGAGGGCUUUACACGCGACAGGGUCUUUCGAAAGGGAAGGGGAUGCGAUGAGUGUAAGAGGCAGCGAACAGACGGUAGACAAUCUACCGCCAAUGGAGAGCGACUACAAGGAGGAGCAUGCUGGACGAGUCGAGACGUCGGAGAACAUGAGACUUUCGUCCAUGAUGCAGCGAUCUGUUACCAAUGAUCAGCAAGAGGCGAAGGAUAUGCGCUUGGAAAGUCGCGUCUUCAUGAAUAAUGACGGCCAAAUGGCAAGUCGACACGUCGCGAGUACGGCCGCCAUGGCCGUGGGUUUGUGCUCGGAAGAGGAACGAUCGAUUAGCAGUGAUGGGAACCAGGGUAUGGCAUCUGUACAAUCCGUGACGAGUGCAACCCCAUCCCAUUCACCAGUAUCAGUGCGUAAUCGAACCUCGAGCGAGGAUGGCUUUGUUUCGACCCCUGAGGCUAGAAGAAAACCACGCGAAUACAUGAUGAAGCCUGAGCUCGUUGAGGAAACCAGGACAGAACGAGCUGUCCAUCUCUCUCUCAAUUACUUUCUCAUAUCCGAACUCGAUGUGUAUUUAUCUCAUCUGCUGAGAAUGAAGUGCCCCAAAAAAGAAUCGUCCAAUCUCGGUAACCUCGCUCGGGUCACUGGUGUGCAGCUCUAUCUGGACCACCAACGAGGUCUCAUGGACUUUGACGAUGAGUGGAAGAGAUCUCACACUAACAGUUAUCGAGGUUAUUUGCGAACAAAUUCUGCCGAAGAGCUCGUAGUAGCACCAGCAAAUAUCCGCACCAACCCAUUUCAGCUUGACACAGCAAAUGUCGUUGGUCCGGGUGGUUGGGCGGCGCUAUUGAAUCAAGUGAGAGCUUCCAGUACGAAGUCAACACCAGUGGGGACUUCACAUGCACCAUAUGUGAGCGUCCAAGCAGGUCCUGAAGAUCUAUCUGCAGCAUUCGCUCGAGGAUCAAAUGGAAUAAUUGUUGGUAGCGACGAUUGCCACCAGGAACGACUUCAGAUCAGUGCAUUCAUGGCCCAGAUCGUAUCAAGUCAAACCACUUCGGCAUUGUACGUCGUGGUUGCUGCAGCUUCUGAUCUCGCACGGUGGGAAAAGGCGUUGUCGUCCGAGCAGCUUAUUCGUUUGUACCCAUACUGGGGAGGCAAGCGCGACCGACUAAACUUGCUUCAGUUGCUGAGCAACGAGUACUUCUCGAGUCGUAAUUUGUGGGCGCACGUACUUCUUACCAGCUACGAAGUCUUUAUGGAGGACAUUUCGAUCGUGACGUCACUACACUGUCAGCUCAGCAUUAUUGACAUCCCACGGCAUGCUACUGAUCAGAUCGCGGCGAUCUGGCCACAAUUGCUUUCGCUUCGGUGUCGUCAGCGCCUGCUGCUAUGUCAACCCGAGUUUGAAGUUGAUGCACGCAGGUUAUUACACUUUCUGAUGCCUGAGUUGUUUAGCUCACGGCGGAAGCUGUUGGCGUGGAACAGUGCAGCCUUUCACAUCGGUCAAGUUUAUGCUUUAUGUGGCGCGGUGGAGGCCCUCACGCUUAUUUCAAAUGAGGCCCCUCGUACCGCAUUUAUGCAGAAAGUCGCAGCAUGUACGGCGCGAAACUGCGAGCGGGAAGCGGCUGCUUUGGGUACGCUCAAUAAGCAAGGGAUUGUGAGGGCGACACAACCAUCAAUUAUUAUGCCUGUGAAGCACAUGCCGAGCAAAAAGACCCGAAGUCGUGCCAGCGGGCACGUCCCGGCGGAGGGAAAACUCGAACCAUCAAAGGUUGCUUUCGAUCCAGUGGAUUCGCAGCUUACCAUCAAUGCUCCAAGUAUGCAUCCAAAACCCCGUACUGGAGGCGAUGGGACGCCUGGUUCCCGGCAGCGAAUUGGUCGAUGUGGGAGCUGUGCUGGUUGCUUGGCUGAGGACUGUAUGAAAUGUGGACACUGUCAGGAUAUGAAGAAGUACGGCGGGCCAGGUCUCCGCAAGCAGUCUUGCAAACAUCGUAAGUGCCUCAAUCCAAAAAUAUGGGGGUUGGCUUCCAGAAAGAGAAAGCGCAAGCCAAAGCGCUCUGGUGUUACGAACAGUGCAGUGAAGGAAAGCUCAGAGCUUGAUGACGACUUUUCUGUUGCAUACUCUUCCGUGGAAAGUGACGGGGAGUCUUUGUCGAUUGCGACACAUGAGAACGGUGGUUCGGAUGAUGAGUCUCUUCGACAUUCGGACGCCCCGACGGAUUCACCCCGUGACUUGUUACUGCCGGCGAGCGAUACCCUCGUGGACGACAAUCUAUCUCUGAGCGACUUGAGUGCUCGAUCCGCGUCUGCGCGCUCGCGUAUAAUGCGUUGUGGUUUGUGUGAAGGAUGUCAGGCGCCGGACUGUCUGAAAUGCCCGCACUGUCUUGACAUGAAGAAGUACGGAGGGCCUGGACUUCGAAAGCAGACGUGCAAAAUCCGCAAAUGCAAGGCUCCCAAGGUUGUCAAGUUGAAUCAGGCAAGAGGUGGUCACGACCAGUACGUGGAUGAGAUGGGGAACGUGGUGUACAGCUGCCUGAAUGGCAGCACUUUCCCGGGGUUCUAUGAAGGUGGUGAUUCGUCAGAAAGACCCGAAUCGACAACUGUGUCGGUAGGAUUGAAAAGCCAACCGAGAGUGCCAUCCGUUAUCCAGGAGUGCGCGCGAUACGUGAAACCACGGCUCGUCUUUGCGUGUGCGGAUUGUAGUGCACGCUUUAGCUCCAGUAUGGUGCUUGAUUUUCACGCGAAGGUUGAACAUCCUCCCUCGACAGCUGGCCGUCACAUUCACGUUGCGACGACGUUAGAGCGAGAUGCGAGUCGGAUGUUCACGUGGCCGAGAUAUCAGAGCGCAAUGAUCAAUGCUCAACAGAAGCAGCACAAUCACGAUACACACAGUCCGCCCCUCGGAUAUGCAAAGCUGGAGGGCCGCAACUUCCAGUACUAUUUCGUCGAUCCAUUUGUGAUCCUCGGCCGCAUGACGUCUGGAUGGUGCAAGCUGUACAAGGAUCUCGGCUUCUCGACCCUCGAAGGUCUCGUUGGUGCCGACGUCGAUUGCCAUAUUGGAGACGACCGCCAGAUCGCAACGAGACACGCUGUGAUUUCAUGGGAUGCUGGUCGCCGCCGCUUUGUGAUCGAGUGUUUGAGCCUUCGCACGUCGAUUACCGUAAACGGCCACGUGAUGACUUUCUCGUCACCUCGCGUCACGCUCAACAGUAGGAACCUGGUGAAAAUUGGUGCAAGCGAGUUCUACUUCCUCUUGCCGAAACAAGCGGCGGCAGCAGCAGCAGCAGGAACGUCGAGCAACGUCCCCAUUCAAGCAAGUUGA